AAAAAAAGUAAUCGCAAACACGCGAUGCAUUUUUCUCUUUACGGGCAGCUGGGCAAAGGUGCUGUAGUCGUUGUACGGACUUACUAGUAAUUCCCCAACGCUACGUCUCACAGAGUAUUCCUGCAUCCUCACUCCCUAAAAUCCCUUCCGUCUCUGUAAUUUCCAUUACCUCCUUCUUUUUCUUCUGCAAACCCUCCUUCUCGCCAAUGGAAAACCAGCCAUAGAGCUAACGCUGAACACUCCCCUCCCCGAAAACGGCAGCCGAUUUUCAACAGAAAACCGCCAUGGAUGCGUACCAACAGCACCAACACUACAUGAGACCGGCGGCGACGGAUCCCUACCACCACCAACAGCAACAACAGCAGCCGCCGCUGCCGAGGCCACCGGUGCCUCCGCAGGGCCACUGGUACUCCAACCAGUUCCAAUACUCGCCGUCUCCUCCGCCGCCUCAGUGGGCUCCACCGCCUCCUCCUCCUCACCCCCACUCCGACCAUUUCCCUCCUCCGGGAUCUUAUCCUCCGCCGCAGCACCAUUAUCCUGCGCACCCUGUCCACCAGAACCACUUCUCAUCAGCUCCUCCGCAGCAUCCGCCUCGGCCUCCACUGCCUCCUCACCUCCCUCCGCAUCCUCCUCAGUCUUACGCUCAGGAUUGGGGAGCUCCAAAUUGGGCACAUCACCAAGGUUGGGAAUAUCAAGCUGUAGCCCAUAGCAAUGAAGAAGAUUGGGCUGCGAGGGCCAGAGCAUGGGCAGAUGCUAAAGCUGCAAUGGAGAACCAACAUCCAGAGUCACAGUUUGCACCAGCUGGCAGGGUGGAAGAACAGAGUCCUUACCAUGACCAAUAUCCCCAUUCUGCUGAUGCUCAUUACACGGAAAUUCAGCAUCAGUCGAACUAUCAACAAGUUCCAGUUUCAGCGGCAUCUCUACACCGGCUACCAGCAACUCAUCCUUCAGAGGUUCCUCCUGUGAGCUCUAAUGCUUCUUCUUAUGGCCCAGAGGGACAUCUUCACACCGUCAGAGAUGGAACUUCAGCUGCAGAUUCAAAUGCUAUGAUUCAAAGUCAAGGAAAUCUACAUAAAAGUCCAUCUGUUCAUCAGCAGGAGGUACCUUCUAGUUAUUCUUCUGUUACAGGAAACAAUGCGGGUGCAGAUCAACUUGAGCAUUCAUACAGAUUGUUGUCUCAAGAAGGACAAAACCAUGUGCAACCACUGCCUGCUAUGCCUCUGGCUGAUCAGCCUUUAGAAUUUGCACCUAGAUUUAAUCGUGAUGACCCACAUAUCCAAUCCGGAUAUCCUUUUGACUCGGUUGGACCUGUAAGAGGGAUGGACACGGUUGCCACUAUGCCUCCCAUGAACAGUUGGACCUCUCCUGUUGCACCCGGCGUAUCUUAUCCUCCCAUCCCUCUGGUUAUGCCAUCAGGGCCUCAGCAUGAUCAUGCACUAGCUGUGCCUUCUCCUGUUCCUGGGCAUGUUGCACCUCCAUUUAGCAGUUUUCCUGGAACAGGCCUUCAGCCAACAAUUGCAUCUUCUGGUCCCCAAUUUACCCUAAGUCCUGGCACUGCUCUUCACCCAACUACAGCUUUCUCUGGUGAUGCAUAUGGAAUUCCUAGCGUUUCUGAGCGCCCUAAAAAGGCUCCUGUGCCUAAUUGGCUUAAAGAGGAAAUAAAGAAAGCAGUUAUCACAAGUUCAUCUUUGGACCAUCCCAAGGAGGAGACACAAUUUAUUGAGGAUGAAGACGGUGAUAAAUCUUUUGGGAAGGUUGACCAAGAAGAUAGCAAAAGCAUUGAUUCUUCUAGAUCAGCUGAAGAAGAUGAUGAUGAGGAUUAUGUAGAAGGAGCUAGAACCGCAGCAAUUAACCAGGAAAUAAAACGUAUCCUAACUGAAGUCCUGUUAAAGGUGACGGAUGAGUUGUUUGAUGAAAUUGCAACAAAAGUUCUGAAUGAAGAUGACCUGACUGUUGAAGUUGAUAAAGGUGCAGUCACCUCAAACCAUAGAGUAUCUCGGUCUCCCCCUACACUUCCAACUCCCAAAGCAACUGCAAAAAUUCUAAUUCCGGGUAAAUCCAAGGAACCUGAGACUGAAGGAAACACUGAAAAAUCAAGUUCUAGCUCCCCUGGAGAUGUGCUGGGUCUUGCAAAUUAUGCUACUGACGAUGAGGAUGAUGAUGAGACUCAGAGUUCAAGAUCUCCAAAUUCUAGGAGAAAGGAUGUUCUUCAACUUGAAAAACCUUCGGAAGACAGGCAUGAUGUUGAUGCUAAUGGCAGCUCUUUAGUACAACCUGAAGGGCUCAGUAGAAACCAGACAAACUUGGAGAGUGAGCCAAGUAAAGCGAGUUUAAUUCAGUCUAGAUAUACUGAUGCUGUUACUGAUUUACAACAAAGUAGGAAAAAUGAAAGUGAUGUUGCUGGAAGUACAUCAGAUGGUAGGUCAAAAGAUAUUUCAGGCGAAGUUAGAUCUGAGCUGCUUGAAGAUGAUGACCUUGAGAUGAAAAGAUUGAAAGAUAAUAACCAAGUUAAGGAAACCAAGAUCAGACCGGAUAAGAAUGAUCGGCAUGAAAGUAAGAGUUCUGGAAAAGACUUCCAAAAGGAGGAAGAGAGUGGCAAGAUUAGGACAGGUGAGAAGGGCAAUGGAAAUCAGAGGAGGCAUGAUGAAAGGCAUUCUAGAAAGGAAAAGACAGAUGAACUGAAUGGCUCUAAAGAUAGAAGAAAAGAGCAAAGUUCUAAAUCUUUGGAGAAAGUGCAAGAAUCUGAAUCAAAGAAAAGGUCUAAAUCUUUGGAGAAAGUGCAGGAAUCUGAAUCAAAGAAAAGGUCUAAAUCUUUGGAGAAAGUGCAGGAAUCUGAAUCAAAGAAAAGGUCUUCGCAUGCUGACGUCAAGGAGGGCAGAAAAGAAACAGAGGCGCAACGCAGAGCUGGUGCCAAAGAAGAAAGUAAUAGAAAAAGAGAGCACAACAAGGAUAAGGACGAUCAGAGAUCAAGACAUAAACAUGCAAGUGACUCAAGCAAGCAAAAGAGUAGACGUUCCUCUUCAGUUAGUAGGGGUAGAAACAGCAAGGAUGACUCAGGUCAUUGCGAUUAUGAGUCAAGUGAUGAAGUUUCUAAUGAUUCUAAGAGGAAGUCACGUUCGAGGAGACGCAACUUGUCACCAUCACCAUCACCAUCACCUGUCAAGUCUAGAAGAAGACAAGUUUUGCGGUCUCCACAUAGCAAGCAUUCACAGCGCAGGCAUUCUCCUUAUUCUUCUCUUGAUAACAAGAGGUAUGUUUCCAUGAAUUCUUUAAGACCGUCUUGUGUUUUUGAGACAUGCCCACCACCAAUCAAUGAGCAACUCAGGUGGGAAGGAGGUCAAGGUCAAGGUCUAGAACUCCUGUGCGGCGGCAUAGAUGAUCAGAGAAACAAUCUCUACAGUUGCAUUGCGUCUGAGAAAGUUUCUUUUUUUGGUUUGCAGGCCGUAAAGAUGGGACUAUGGUCGAUUUGGCUAUCUGGGUUUGCGUUGAUUUGCCUUUCCUUCUAUUCAACUCAGAGGUUACCUCCUCUUAUAGAUCAGAUAGCCAAGUCCAAACAGAGUCAGAAAGACCUUCGUCAUCUGGGCAAUCCCAAAAUCACCAUAUUAUCAGCUCCAAGUCCUUUUACUGCCUCUGUUGCCGAUAGCCAGAGCCUGGCUGUUCGUUCAUGGCUUGCUUUGUCCUCACAAAUUCAAGUUGUUCUGUUCAGCAAACACCCUUCUGUUUUCUCUUUCGCAGAAGCAUUUGGUUCCCGGGUUUUGGUAGAGCCCAACAUUGAUUUUACGUUCCUUGGUACCCCAUUCUUUCAUUCCAUGAUGGCAAGAUCAUAUUCAUUCAAAUCAGACAUUUCUGUUCUGGUCCACCCUGAAACUGUGCUCUUUCCUGACUUCAUUUCCACUCUGAAUUAUGCUCAUGAACUUGACCAUGACUGGCUUCUAGUUGCUUUGUCGCAAAAUCUGUCGCAUUUCCCGCUCCACUUGGAUGAGGAUGGGAAGCAUUGGCGAAGGGAGGAUGGAAAACUGAUAAGAAGCCGGGAGUUGCAGGAGGUAAUACAUGGUCAAAGUUCGCGGCGGAAUCCUUGUGAAGGAAAAAAGCUUAUGGCAUGGAGUAGUGGACAUCUGCCCUUACAUUCAGCAGUGCUCCCUCCUUUCUUGUAUGGGAGAGGGGUCCAUGACAAUUGGAUCAUUAAUGAGGCCUUGUCAUCUGCCUUUAGAUUUGUAUUUGAUGCCAGUUUGACCAUCUCUAGCUUUUAUCUUGAUGAUGAAGAUCACAAGUCUUACGAAAACAGAAGCUGGGAAUAUAAUGGAAAUUCUCACUUGGGAAUGACAUAUGGAUCAUUGUUUUAUCAAAAGUCCAAUUAUUCCGACCUGGCCAAGCUUUUAAAAUGUGAUGGGCAAUAUACUUUAGUUGACACAAUAGAGAACAUUUUUCAUCCACUUGGAUAUGACACUGCACAAAGCUUAGGGAAAGGAAGGAUUUUGCGUUCUUGGAGGAAGAAUAAAAGGAGUGCUUGUCUUGAUGCUCUUAAGCCUGUAAACGGAAUAUUAGACUGCUCGUUAAUGGAUCAGAUUAAGCCUUCAGAGUCAUUAGACUUUCAGUUCUCCUUGGAGUCACUUCUUUCAUUAAUUGCAGACAAGAACAAGACUAUUGUGCUUGCAGUUGCUGGAUAUAGUUAUAAAGACAUGCUAAUGAAUUGGGCUUGCCGAUUACGCCACUUGCGGGUCACAAAUUUCAUUGUUUGUGCUCUUGAUGAUGAAACAUACAACUUCUCUAUCUUGCAAGGUCUGCCUGCAUUUAGGGAUGUGUUAGCUCCAAGUGACAUCAGCUUCAACGAUUGCCACUUUGGCACAAAGUGCUUCCAGAGGGUGACCAAAGUUAAGUCCAGAAUGGUUCUUGAGAUACUGAAGCUGGGUUACAAUGUUCUUCUCAGUGAUGUUGAUGUAUACUGGUUUAAAAAUCCAUUACCAUUUCUUUCCUCUUUCGGUAUUUCUGUUCUUCCGGCUCAGUCUGACGAAUACAAUGAAGCAGGACCUAUAAAUAUGCCGAGGAGAUUGAACUCUGGAUUUUACUUUGCUCGGUCUGAUGCUUCAACUAUUGCAGCCUUGGAAAAGGUGGUGAAGCAUGCAGCGAAUUCGGGCAUUUCUGAGCAGCCAAGCUUUUAUGACACGCUAUGUGGAGAAAAUGGGACCAAUCGCGUUGGUGACAAUAGAUGUCUAGAGCCUGAAACAAAUCUGACGGUCCAUUUCUUGGACAGAAAUCAUUUCCCGAAUGGUGCAUACAAAGGACUUUGGCAGAAGAAAAAUGUAAGAGCAGCAUGUAAGAAGAAGGGCUGUUUUGUGAUCCAUAACAAUUGGAUAAGUGGAAGGCAGAAGAAGCUAGAACGUCAGGUAUCUUCUGGCUUAUGGGAGUAUGAUAUGAGCACAAGAAUGUGCAUACAAACCUGGCAUUAGUCGAAAUUGGCACUUAGUUUUUGAGAUGGUCAUUUCAUAUCCACUGUUGGUGGCUGAACUAAAGACAAAAGAACAUUCUUUCCCGCAUGUCUGUUAACUAUGAAGAGCUUUGGAUUCUUCACACCUUUCUGUUCUAAAUAGCAAUAAAUUAUGACAGCCGGCCAUAUAAACAGAGAAGGAUAGAGAAUGGUUUGUAGUAUUAGUGUACCUCGAGCGAAUAGAGAGCCACCAAGAUUAGGCCAGUGGACUACUAUAAAACAUUUGGCUGAGAGUCUUAAGACGAC